AUGCUUCAAAAAGUUGUAACAAAAUUAAUAGAUUUUCAGAAUUCCUGGAAAAUUCAGUGGACAGACGACGAAGUUUAUUCGGUUCGUUUGGUUGGCUCGGAAAUUCUCGUCCACAAAUACAAUUCAUAUCAGAAGUACGAGUCAAAACUAGCUCUGCCAAAAGUUGAGAGCUGCUCACUGAGCUCCGGACUGGAACCUCAUCAUCUGGCUGUUUAUCAACAGGCCUCCGGUGGACAGCCGGCAGUUGUGCAAGUGCGAAGGUUAGACCACAAAUUUACAGUUGUGGCAAGCAAAACAUUUUUCCAAUGCGACAAAGUUGACAUGUCAUGGAAUUGCAAAGGAAGCGCUGUAAUAGUUCUGGCCAUUGUUGACGUGGACAAGUCGAACAAAAGUUACUAUGGUGAACAGAAUCUGUACCUCGUAGCAGUGAAUGGUGAUAGUUGUGCAGUACCACUGCAAAAGAACGGUCCUGUUUAUUGCGUGAAAUGGAGCCCACACGGGAAACAGUUCGCU